CGUCAAUGCCGCCUGCUGCUCGCUCCGGCCGUUGCGCGUGAGAGGGCGGCCGGGGGUAGCUAGUGCGACAGCUCCGGUCUCGUCUCCGGCGGCAUGGGGGAGACGGAUUUGGGCGACGUGGUGCUCUCCUGGUCCGUCCGGGACAUCACCGACGACGGCCUCUACAGGGCCAAGGUUGAGACUAUUCCCUACAAAUUCACGUCACUUGAUCACUAUCUCCAAUCGUACCGUGUUCCUCUGAUCGAAGAAACCAGGGCAUAUCUGUGCUCACGCCUUGAACUCAUCAAUGAAGCGUCCUCGUCGAAGAUACUUUCCUUGCAGGUAGCAGGAAAACCAGGAUUAUACUUCAUGGAUGUGGACUUUGGGGACAAUGAUGCUGGUUUUUCUACUGAGGCAUAUACGGCAAAGAAUGGUGAUAUAUUCAUUUUGUCUAGCCUGAAACCUGAAGCUGUGGAGGACUCCAACCGAUACGGUGUCACAUAUUGCUUGGCAAUGGUUACUGAGGUUUCUUUGGAUGAUGAAUACCAGAAGGGUUUCAGAGUUAAAGUCGCAAAGGAUAUUGGUUUGGAAGAAAAAGACUUAAGUAAAUUCAGACAUGCAAUAUUUAUCAGUAAUAUCAUGACAAGCAUACGGAUAUGGAAAGCACUUUCCUUUGACACACACAUGAAUGACAAUUUCAUAGUAAUCAAGUCGUUGUUAGCUCCAACAAAUUUGGGUGAUGAUGUAUGUGGUAUCUGCGUUGAACAGGAUGGGUGCUGUUUGCCUAAUUUGACAGAGCAAUUACUUUCGAUUAACCUUAAUCAAUCACAAGUGGAUGCUAUUGAAUCUGUGAUCUCAGCUGCACGAUGUAGGCAUAUGAACCUCUUGAAGCUUAUAUGGGGUCCACCAGGUACUGGAAAGACCAAGACUGUUAGUGCUUUACUAUGGGCUUUGGCGUGUAUGAAAUGCAGAACUCUUACUUGUGCCCCCACUAAUGUUGCUAUCGUUGGAGUUUGCACUCGUUUCCUUCAAAACUUGAAGGAUUUCAACCAGCACAUUGACGAAAACAGUCUACCCUUGUCUCUUGGAGAUGUUGUGCUGUUUGGGAACAAGCAGAGAAUGGACAUCACCGAGGAUCUUCAGGAAGUUUUCUUGGAUUUUCGUGUGGACGAACUUCUUGAGUGCUUUUCAUUGUUGUCUGGAUGGAGGUACAGAAUAGCUUCAAUGGUAUCCUUUUUUGAUGACUGUGUGUCACGUUACGAUAUGCUUCUUGAGGAUGAAGAAAAGAGUGAUCCUGCGAGCUUUCUGGACUUCAUAAAGAAGCAGUUUGAUGUGACAGCAGCAGCUCUGAAAAGAUGCAUCGUGAAGUUGUGGGUUCACCUUCCUGGAAAGUGCUUUUCUCGCAAUGGUGCCAUAAAUAUAUCUACUUUGCUUAAUAUGCUGGGAAAAUUUGGCACCCUUCUGUGCGACGUAGACUUGACCGACGAGGGCUUGAAAAGGGUCCUUCAUUGUUUGUCAACUGAAAACUCUGUUUGUGCACAGCCUAUAUCUUUUAUUGAGAAAGAACUGGAUGGAGCAAGGUGUACAUGCCUUAAAUUGCUUAAAGAUCUACAACACUCUCUUAAUUUACCCACUGGAGUAGACAAAAACUGGCUCCAGAGCUGCUGCAUACGUAAUGCUACACUUCUGUUCUGUACUACUUCUAGCUCUUAUCUGCUGCAUUACAUGGAGAUUGCACCCCUGGACGUCUUAAUUGUUGACGAGGCAGCUCAGGUGCGGGAGUGUGAGUUGGUGAUCCCACUACGUUUGCAUCGGUUGAAGCAUGUUGUUUUGGUAGGAGAUGACUGUCAGCUGAGUGCAAUAGUUAAAAGUCAAGUAUGCAGAGAAGCUGGCUUCGCUACAAGUCUUUUUGUGAGAUUGGUUACUCUGAAAUUCGAUAAACAUUUGCUGAAUAUACAGUAUCGUAUGAAUCCUUGUGUUAGCCAGUUUCCAAAUGCUCAGUUUUAUGAGAGGAAGAUUUUAGAUGGUUCAAAUGUCUUGUCUCCUAGCUAUAACAAGGAUUAUGCAUGCCUCCCUUUCGGCAGCUACACUUUUAUAAAUGUCACGGAUGGAAGGGAAGACAAAGAAAGCACCGGAAACAGUCGAAGAAACAUGGUUGAAGUUGCUGUUGUUCUGCACCUGAUCCAAACCAUCUUUAAAUGUUGGAAAAUUACAGGCAAAGGGCUCAGCAUUGGUGUGGUCUCUCCAUAUAGUUCUCAAGUUGAUGCAAUUAAAGGCAGACUUGGCAAAAAAUACGACACAUGUGAUGGCUUUCAUGUGCGGGUCAAGUCCAUUGAUGGUUUCCAAGGAGAAGAGGAUGAUAUUAUAAUACUAUCAACGGUUAGAUCCAACGGGAACGGAGUUGUUGGAUUUCUUGCUGAUAACGGAAGAACAAACGUUGCUCUUACCAGAGCAAAGCACUGUCUUUGGAUUGUUGGGAAUGCUCAUACACUGUAUAAAAGUGGAACUGUCUGGACAGACCUUGUUGCUGAUGCUCAAAGACGUAAAUGUGUUUUCAAUGCCACUAAUGAUGCGGCCAUAUGUAAGUUGGUUUUGCAAGUAAAGCAAGAGCUUGAUGAACUUGAUGAUCUUCUUAAUGCUGAUUCGGCGGUUUUCAACAAUGCCAAAUGGAAGGUCAUUAUUAGCGACGAGUUUAGAAAGUCUUUCACCAAACUGAAGUUGUCACAGCUCAGGAGGGAAGUACUCCAAAAGCUUAUCAAACUUGGCAGUGGUUGGAGGACAACAGUUAGAAACUUAGAUAUACCUGGUGUUUCCAAUCAUGCAAAAGUAUACAAGAUCAGGGACCUUUAUCUUAUUUGGAACAUUGACAUGGAGAAAAGGGAAAGAAAGUAUAUCCAGAUAAUAAAAAUUUGGGACCUACUCUCACAACAACAUGUUGCAAGAACAGUUCAACGUCUCGAGGUUGUUUUUUCCAUGUACACAGAUGAUUGCCUGGAUCAUUGCAGAAGAGUGCAGACACUUGGGAAACUGGAGGUUCCUAUGGUUUGGAAUGUUGAGCAUGAUAUUAUUCGCUUUAAGAAGGAUUGCAGAACUGAUGCUCAGGAAGAGCGUGAUGUCGUGGAUGCAUCACAUGCCAUGGAAAAUUCAAAAGUUAGCGAAAGCUUCUUGCUUAUGAAAUUCUACUCGUUAUCCACUGGAGUGGCAAAACAUUUGCUGACAGCUUCUGAUGGUUCGGAAAUCGAUAUCCCCUUUGAACUGACUGAUGAAGAAAAGAUGAUAAUCCAAUUCCCGCUCACUAGUUUUAUACUUGGGAGGUCAGGCACUGGAAAAACCACUGUAUUGACAAUGAAACUGUAUCGAAGAGAGCAACAGUCAUUGAUUGCCUCCCAGGGUCUAAAUUUGGAUGGUGAUGAUUUAUAUGGGAUGGAUGACAAAAAUAUUAUGGCACUGAACGACAUAGGAGAAAGUUUUGUGAAACAAGUGUUUAUAACUGUAAGCCCAAAGCUGUGUUCAGCCAUAAAUAAUCACAUUUCUGGACUUAAAAGGUUUGUUUGUGGUGAUGUCUCUAAUCAGACUAGCAUUCUUCAUAUGCACGACAUCUUUGAUGACCAGGAAGAGUUCACAGAAAUACCUGAGAGUUUUAGCAAUCUACCUCAUGAGCACUAUCCUCUUAUUAUAACAUAUCGAAAGUUCUUGAUGAUGCUUGAUGGAACAUGCCAGACGCCAUUUUUUGAUGUGUUCUAUGGCGAACUGAAGUCUAGUGUUGAUAGAGGGCAUUCAAAAUCUCAUGCGCUGGAAACGUCUAUUGAAUUGAAGGAAGUUACCUAUGAGAAAUUUGCUGCUUCGUAUUGGCCUCGUUUUAAUGCAGACCUGACCAAGAACCUUGAUGCAUCCACUGUCUUCACUGAAAUAAUUUCUCAUAUAAAGGGUAGAUAUCAAGCAAGCAUGCCUUACACCGGCAAUCUUGGAAGACAAGAUUAUGUGAUGCUCUCAGAUAAAAGAUUUUCAUCUCUGAACAGCGAGAAGAGAGAUAGGAUUUACAAUAUUUAUGUUGAUUAUGAGAGUAUGAAAUCCACUGACAGAGAGUUUGAUUUGUCAGAUUUCGUCAAUCGUCUUCACAUCAAUCUUGUAUCCGAGGGCUACAAAGGAGAUCUGGUGGAUUUUGUUUACAUAGAUGAGGUGCAGGAUCUAACCAUGACACAGAUAGCACUUCUUAAGUAUGUCUGCAGGAACUUCAAGGAAGGCUUUCUUUUUGCUGGUGACACGGCCCAGACUAUAGCAAGGGGUAUCGAUUUCAGGUUUGAAGAUAUCCGUUCACUUUUUUAUACUGCAUUUCUCUCAGAAACUGAAACGUUUAAUCAAGGACUUCGACAUGGAAAACAAGUCCAACUCUCUGACAUGUUCCAACUGUCUCAGAAUUUCCGCACGCAUUGUGGCAUCCUUCACAUGGCACAAAGUAUCAUGAGCCUUCUGUACUUCUUUUUCCCGUCAAGUGUUGACAAGCUUAAUCCAGAGACUGGACUUGUAUAUGGAGAAGCUCCCGUGCUGCUGGAAUCUGGUAAUGAUGAAAAUGCAAUUAUGACUAUAUUUGGAGAAACCAAAAGUAAGCAUGGUAACAUGCAUGGGUUUGGUGCUGAGCAAGUCAUAUUAGUUCGUGAUGAUGCUACCAAAAAACAAAUUGUUGAUCUUGUUGGUAAACAGGCUCUUGUUUUGACUAUUGUUGAAUGUAAGGGCCUUGAGUUCCAGGAUGUGCUGUUGUACAACUUUUUUGGCUCGUCGCCCUUAAGAAACAAAUGGAGAGUUCUGUACGGCUACAUGAAAGAUAAAGAUAUUAUAGCACAAUCUGAGGAGAUCUCUCAUCCGGGUUUCGACAGAAGCAAGCAUCAUCUUCUAUGCUCAGAGCUGAAGCAACUCUAUGUUGCAAUCACACGCACGAGGCAAAGACUCUGGAUAUGUGAGAAUACAGAUGAUUACUGUCGACCGAUGUUUGACUAUUGGAAGAAGUUGUGUCUUGUAGAGGCUAGAUUACUUGAUCCUUCCCUCAUUCAAGCAAUGCAGACAGGAAGCAGUACGGAUGAUUGGAGGCUACGGGGAAUCAAGUUAUUCAACGAGAGGCAAUUUGAAAUGGCUACAAUGUGUUUUGAAAAAGCUGGUGAUGCAUACAAAGAGAAGUGGGCAAGAGCUGCCGGACUUGUAGCAAUUGCUGAAUGUGCCACAUCCUCAAAAUUGGAGAAUGGCAAGGCUCCAAUGCUAACAGCAUCAGAGAUUUAUGAGUCCAUAGGCAUGCAUGAGAAAGCUGCUAUGUGCUAUAUGAAAUUAGGUGGCCACAAAAGAGCAUCAGAGAUUUAUGAGUCCAUAGGCAUGCAUGAGAAAGCUGCUACGUGCUAUAUCAAAUUAGGUGACUACAAGAAAGCAGGUAUGGUCUACAUGCAAAAAUGUGGUGCUUCCUGGCUUGAGGAUGCUGGUAUCUGUUUUGCGAGGGCUGAAUGCUGGUCGGAGGCAGCUGAAGUGUUCUUCAAAGCUAAAUGUUACCCUGAGUGUUUCUCAAUGUGCUCGAAAGGAAAACUAUUCAAUCUUGGCUUGCAGUUCCUGCAACAGUUGGAGGAGGAACAUUUGCUUCAGAAUUCAAAAUCCUUAGAGGUUUCUGCUAUUAGAAAGACGUAUCUUGAAAAUUGUGCUCAGCAUUAUUCUGAGUGUGGUGACAUAAAGCGUAUGAUGCCUUUUGUUAAGGCUUUCAGUUCUAUGGAUCAUGUACGGGCAUUCUUGAAGUCUAAGAAUCUUCUUGAAGAACUGUUUAGCCUAGAGGUGGAUAUGGGUAAUUUCCUUGAAGCUUCAGGAAUAGCAAAGCAUAAAGGAGACGUCUUGCGGGAGGCAGACAUGCUUGAGAAGGCAGAUUUGUUUGAGGAUGCAACACGGCUUCUCCUCCUCCAUAUCAUUGUAGAUUCUUUUUGGUCUUCAAAUAGCAGAGGGUGGCCUCCCAAAAGAUAUCCAGAGAAGGAGCAAAUGCUUGCAAAAACCAAAGAGAUGGCAAAAAAGGUCUCUGAGUGCUUCUACUGCCUUGUUUGCCUGCAAGCUGAUGCACUGUCAGAUAUGAACAAGUCUCUUGCCAGUUUAAAUUGCACUUUUCUUGAAGGCAGAAAAUGUGGAAACUUCUUUGUUGAAUUCAUCACUUCCCGUUCGAUUCUUGAUGUCCACCUUCAGUCUCGAGCCUCUGGAUACAAUUUGGAAUUAGGGCCAGGAUCUGAAGAUGAAAGUAGCUGUAAUGAUAUGGUGGCUCAUAACCAGAUAUCACCCCAAACCCUAGCGUAUGCCUGGAAUCACUGGAAGUCAAUCGUAAUGAAAGUGCUAUCUCAUCUUCGCCACACUGAUGGUCCAGAAUUAAAUGAAUACGAAGAUCUUUGCGUUAAGUACUUUGGGUUGAGGAAAGAUGGUGAAGAUGCCCGAUACUUUGUGCUUAACAUGGACUCAAGUUGGCUCUCUAGCACAGGCAGAAAUUCUUUGCAGCAAGAUGGCAACAGAUGUUGGCUGGAUGUCCUUCAGUAUCAUUCAUGUGCCCAGUCUUUCUUGAUGAAUGAGUUGUCUUCUGUUGGUUUCAGUGUACUUAAGAAGUUGGAGUCCAUUGCUCAAAUUUCUCCAAAGCCAUCAUCUUCAUAUGCCCUGGUGAGAACUAUCCUUAUUGUAAAAGAGAUAGCUAACUUUUUGGAAGAACCAGAGUUCAGUAUGCCGAAAAGUACAAUGAAGUUAAGAAGCUUCUCUGUUCUCUGGGAGCGUCGCUUCUUUGAGUUAAUUUUUCUUGUCUGGAGAGAUGGGGCAAGGAGGAGCCUCUUGCAUAUACUUGACUCACCAGCUUCGUAUGGGCUGAUUGCUGAUUCCCUUGGUGCAAAUCUUCAACCAACAAAUAAAAAUUUAACUCAUGGGCAUCUUGGGAGGACAACCAUACUUCUGCUCCAUGCAGCACGAUUGGAUGAUGGACUGAUUUCAAGGCUGCUACAGUACCUAGACAAUGAUUCUGAGUGGGCAGAUUUUUAUCGAUGUUUGAAGAUAUUUCUUGAUACUGGUGUUCUUACCUCCUUGAUCUCGAACUUUAGGCUUGCCCUCGAUUUUACCUUCAAUUGUGUGACGUGGAGGGAUGAACUGGACUACAUAUCUCCAAUAUGCUAUGUGGGUCUGAUGGAGUGCCUUGGUUUUUUGUCUUCAGCACACCUUCUACAGAAAGGUUGUAUGUACUGCACGAAAUCUCUGUUGGUCAAUAUGCUGGAAUGCCGUACCAGCAAGGUUUACCUUGACACCUGCCUGGCAGCUACUUCAAGACCAGAUUGCGAUCUUGAUCAUACGGCGUCCGAAUCAGGCCAUUCAGGUCAUUUCAUAUUAGAGACCAUUAUGACUAUCUUGACAGAGAAGAAAAUGCUUCAGGAGUGGGUCCAGAAGACUUCAACUCCUAGUUGUUCAUACAAAGCAGUCCUCCUGAGAUUAGUGGUCACACUUUAUCCACUGAUCCUAACUCAUGAUCUGGAGAUUUCCCAUUAUAAGCUCACAGAUACUCUUCUGGAGUGUGGAGUCUUUAAGGAUUUACCUCUGGAGUUCUCUCAGAAGAUUGUACAUGCUUUACGAACGAGGUCUCGCAAACCAAGCAACUUCAUAAGAGUGGUUGCUGAUGCACUUGCUGCAAUCGGAGAUCGUCUGGUAGUUAUGGGUUCACCUGAAGGCCCAGCAAUCUGCGAAAACAUAAACGCUUAUAUGAUUAGCACAGAGGAUUUGAGUGAUGUUCAGAAGGUAAUGGCUCUUCUUUGUUCUCAAGAGGCAAGCUCUGUAAAGCAAGAUGCCACACUGCCAGAAGAAUCUGAUGGUAACAAAUUCUGCAAUGUUGCUGGAAACGUUCCGAAGACCGUACAAGAUAAUAAGAUGGAGAAUACAGGAGAGAUGGAUUUAAGUGGUGAGAGUGCUGCCUUCUGGGAGAAGCUUGAGACUUUUCAAGUCAACAAGGAAGGCCAGAAAGAUGCACGGUUUAUUAUUGAGUUCCUUAGGAGGGCCGUUCCAUGGCUGGCUGAUGCACAAUUGCUGGAAGAGGUCAGGCACGUCUGCAGCGAGUUCGAAGAACGUACUGCCAGGACGGGUCUGACCGUGGAGGAGGAUCUAUUCUCAAUGUGGCAAGAUGGUGAGAACAAACUGCGUACGAUCAUCAGCUAUCUGCGUUCCGCGAGGGCGUCCACGAAAGAAGAUGAAAGGAGGAAUGAAGCUGCAGCCGCUGCCCUGCCGCAGACCGAUGGAGCGGGCGAGCGAGCCAGGCGUUCAGACAAUGUUCCUGAUAGGGGAGAAAGGAACACGGCGGAGCCGGUGAAGGAAGAAGCGGCGGCGGCCGCCGCCCCGACCUCGCAGAAGGCGGCACAGAAGCAGAAGGGCAGGAAGAAAUCGAAGAAAUGCAAAGGCCGUGGCAGGAAGUGAGCCGCUGCAGCUGUAGCCCGCGGUGUGGUUUCCCACCUGCAAACCGUCGGAUGCGUUGGAGAAACUUGUUUUGUACCGUCACUGUAUAUAACUAGCGUAUGGGAAAGGCUUAUUUGGCGUAAUGUUGUUGCCUUGGUGCUACUGGCCGUGCAUGUCGUUUAUGGGAAGGAUCGGAUGAUUCUGCCUAUAGUGACCGUGCGUGUAGUUACUACCUCCGUCUCUUACAAAAACGUCUUAUAUUUUGAGACGUCGGUAGUAUUACAUUUUUACCACAAAUUAUCCCUGAUCCAUCUACCUACAUAACCAGCUGGGUUGUAGCUAGGGUUCAUCAUUUUGAAUUCCCCAAUUCUGCCUCUGGAAAGACAUAUUACACUUCAUACUCAAAUCA